CGCCUUGCCUACUUUCCACAGCAUUAAGUGUCAAUUAGAAUAUGUUUUCCUCUAGCCUCCUUCUCUUCCUUACACACACACAUACACACACACACACCCUUGCUGCUUCUGCCUGUGAGCUAGCGGUGCAGCUUUUUCGCAGCGUGGUCACAGCAGCGUAUACCGAAAACACAGCAGAGAGGAAGCACUUGGCACACACUCGCUUUUUGAUUUUGCGCACACACUUCUUCUGCUUUUUACAGACUUUCAACAAACACACAUGCAUGGAGUCGUCUACCUGCUUAGUCACAUGCACACACACUCUUGUAUACGUACAGCCUCUCUCUGGCUUUCACACAUAACUCUCUCACUGUAUAGCCUCUUUGGUGCACUUAUCGCGACUGCUCAAGGUUUGCGCUGGAUGUACUGUGUGUGUGUGUGUGUGCGAGAGAGAGAGAGAUUGGGAUGUUGUGAUCCAGUUCCCCUUUCCGCUGCUCCUGAUGAAAGCCUUCGGAAGCCAGACUGAGCUACACACGGCUGAAUGACUUUCCAAACGGAUUUACUGCAUACAUUUUUCUCCUCAAACCAAAUCCUGCAACGUUUUUUCCUCCACAUAGUCGUUCUCCCUUCUUGCCUGGCUUUGCAUCACAGCUUUUUUGGAUCUUUACUUUUCAUUUUUGUCUCUGUCCCUUUAUGUCUCUCUCUGACAUCAGACACCUGCUCUGACCUGGUUAACUCCUGCAGGCUCAGAGCAUUGUGAGAAAGCUUUGGAGGAUGCGAGGCUCAGCUUCUCCCUGGGGUUUCUCCACUUUCUCUUUUUAUCCAGUUACCUUUAUUUCUCCUUUUUCUUCUUGAUCUUUCUGUUCUUUUUCAACUCUUCUUUUAGUCUCUAUCUUGUAUUUCGUCAUCCGUUUCCUCGUGCUUUCCUUUCUCCCUCCUGCGUCGGUCACUCUACCUACCUCUCCCUCGCUUUGCUCCAUUUCUCUACGCCCCUCUUUGCCCUACAUUUUUAUCUCUUUUCUUCUCUGGUGCAAGUUUCUCUUUUCUUCUUACCAUCUUCUUCUGACCACAUUUUGGAUUAACAGAACCAAACGACAACCUUUCUUGGAAAAUGGUACUUUGAUGUCAUUACACAAAGUAUUGUUUGACGGCAGUGUUGUAACCUGGAUUUCUGACAUACAAUGCCGUACCAUGUGACUUAAGACGUAUGGCUGCAGGGAAGCCUCCUUCUUUGAUUUUCACAUCAAGGGCUGAUUAAUUGGAUCAAAAGCUCCGCAACAAAGACCAGAAUUUGAUAUUUUCUGAGGAUUUAUUGGACUGCAGGACAGUCUAAUUGGUGGAGAAAUUCUCCCCCGGCCACAGAGAGCAUGAAUGUCUGUUUUGGGAAGCUUUUCUGCUGAAGAAGGAGUGAAGAAGGGAAAAAAAUAACUUUCUAACAGAAAUCAGUAUAUCAAAUUGCACAAUGGUUUAGGUAUUUUGCAGGGUUAAAGGUCAUGACAUGUAUUGGACAGAUUGAUUACUAAUACCUGGACGCAGAGCCACUUCCUCCAGUCCUGAUGUAAUGGGAUGUUUCAGCAAGCUUUCGGAGAGAGUGACAGGAAGUCUCAUGAUCACGAUCUUGGAUUGUCAGAACCAGAUACUGCACUUCCAGCUUUAUCAUCACGCAUUGGUUUGUCUUUUGUUGCAGACGAAGAUUUGACUUGGUUGUUUUGGAAGGAUUCUCUGGAUGUGAGAAGCUGAGUAAUAUUUGUAUCGCUGUAUUUAAAUCUCUUUAUCAACUGGACUUGGACCCUGGUGAUUGCAUGUAGUUGCUGCUCAAGCAUAGAGAGUUACGGACUGGUAUAUUCUCUACCUCCUGUGGGGAUACUUGCUGAGUCAUCAGAUUUGACAGUACAAAGGAUAUUUGACAUCCUCCGUUUCCUCUUACUGGGCUCUUUUCUUCUCUAGAGUUACCUCGAGCCCCGGGACUCUGGCUUUGAUUGAUUUUUUCUCUAUUGAGUUUCCUGUGGCUAUCUUCUGAGGCGGCGGCUAAAAGUUGCACACUGGAUGAUAUCACCCCUCCAACAAAUGACAGCCCAGUUACCAGCACAGCAGGACACCAUUUCUAACUUUUUGGGGAAUAUUUUAGGAUCCCAUUUUUUGUUUUUCCUCACGUUAUUCAACAUUUCAUAAAAGGACAUUUUUAUAGUAGCAUAACGCCAGGUUAGGAGCCCGUCCUAGUCCCUGGCUCUAUGCUGUUUUCGGAGCCCGACAGGUUUGUCUGGGCCCUGUGGCCGGACCUUAAACAGCCCCGCUUACAAAACAAAUGGAGAACAGCGGCUGCAUCCCUCUCUGCUGGAGCAAGGGGGCCUGCAUCUACGCACAGCACCCCUUGCCAAAAUAUGACGGCAAGUUAGCCCCUGCCGGAGCAUCUGAGUCAGGCAUGGCGUCGUCUUCCUACCUGGAACCAAACCUCAAUCACUCCGCAGCGAGUGGCUGUGGGGUUAAAUCCCGGUCUGGGAUGCCUGGAGGUACGGGUGUUGGUACCAGCGGCCCGGCUGCAGGCCUUGAGCGGCCCACAGCCUCCAUGGACCGGGUACUGAAGAUAUUCCAUUAUUUUGAAACAAACAGCGAACCGUGCACCUGGGCUAGUAAUAUCAGGCAUGGAGAUGCAACAGACGUCCGGGGUGUUAUCCAGAAGAUAGCAGAGAUCCACAAAUUGCGCUGUGUGUCCUCUCUGGGCCUCCGUCUCAGCCAUCUGCACUCUGAUGCUCUCCAUUGGUUACACCCUGAUUUAGGCGUGUGUCACGUCAGGGAGAAAUAUGAGAAACAGCACCCCCAGGAGGAGUGGAGGUAUGAGUUGCGGAUGCGGUACCUUCCUAAAGGUUACCUCAGUCAUUUCUCGGAAGACAAACCCUCUCUUAACUACCUCUACCACCAGGUAAAAAGUGACUACAUGCACCAUAUAGCUGAUCAGGUGGAUCAAGAUGUAGCUCUAAAACUGGGCUGCUUGGAAAUUAGGAGGUUCUUCAGAGAGAUGCCAGGCAACGCCCUAGACAAGAAAUCCAAUUAUGAACUACUAGAGAAAGACGUUGGCUUAAGAAGGUUCUUCCCCAAAAGCCUGCUGGACUCCCUAAAGGCGAAGACUCUUCGUAAGCAGAUCCAACAAACCUUUAAGCAGUUUGCUAACCUCAACGAUGAGCAGAGCAUCCACAAGUUCUUUGAGAUACUCUCUCCCAUCUACCGCUUCGACAAGGAGUGCUUCAAAUGUGCUUUGGGGUCUAGUUGGGUAAUAUCGGUAGAGUUAGCUAUCGGACCAGAAGAAGGAAUCAGCUACCUCACAGAUAAGGGCUCAAUGCCAACCCAUUUAGCUAACUUUAACCAGGUGCAGUCCAUCCAGUACUCUCCUUUGGAAGAGAAGGACAGGAAAGGCAUGUUGCAGCUCAACGUAGCAGGAGCGCCAGAGCCCCUCACAGUCACAACGGCAUCGCUGACUACUGCAGAAAACAUGGCUGACUUGAUUGACGGCUACUGUCGGCUCGUCUCCUUAACUUCUCACUCUUUCAUCGUCAGAGUCCACAAAGAGGGGGACAGAGCCCUGCCAUCCAUCCCCAAAGUUUCAAAUCAUGAGAGGCGGAUGGAAAAGCGGAUGGAAGGAGUACGGACCAGAGCUGUUUGUGUCUCAGGUCAGACUAGUGGCGAUGAAACGGACGACUAUGCUGAAAUCAUAGAUGAAGAGGACACCUAUACCAUGCCUUCAAAAUACUAUGGACUAGAUCAAGCAAGGGACUAUGAGAUUCAGCGAGAUCGUAUUGAGUUGGGACGCUGCAUAGGAGAGGGUCAGUUUGGAGACGUCCAUCAAGGAGUCUACAACAGCCCGGAGAACCCGGACCUCACUGUGGCCGUGAAGACGUGUAAGAACUCAACGUCAGACAGCGUCAGGGAAAAGUUUCUCCAAGAAGCAUUGACCAUGCGUCAGUUUGACCACCCGCACAUCGUGAAGCUGGUGGGAGUCAUCACAGAGAAUCCAGUGUGGAUCAUCAUGGAGCUCUGCACACUCGGAGAGUUGCGGUCCUUCCUCCAGGUGAGGAAGUACAGUCUGGACUUGGCCUCUCUCAUCUUAUACUCAUCCCAGCUCAGCACGGCACUGGCCUAUCUGGAGAGCAAGCGCUUUGUACACAGGGACAUCGCAGCACGGAACGUAUUGGUUUCCACAGCCGACUGUGUAAAACUGGGGGACUUUGGUUUGUCUCGAUACAUGGAAGAUAGUUCUUAUUAUAAAGCUUCUAAAGGUAAACUACCUAUUAAAUGGAUGGCUCCUGAAUCCAUCAACUUCAGGCGAUUUACCACAGCCAGUGACGUCUGGAUGUUUGGCGUCUGUAUGUGGGAGAUCCUCAUGUUCGGCAUCAAGCCUUUCCAAGGUGUGAAGAACAACGACGUCAUCGGCAGGAUAGAGAACGGCGAGCGCCUGGCGAUGCCCCCUCAGUGCCCUCCUACUCUGUACAGCUUGAUGACAAAGUGUUGGUCGUAUGAUCCCAGCAAGAGGCCACGCUUCACUGAGCUCAAAACACAACUGAGCACUAUACUAGAGGAGGAGAAGCUCCAGCAGAAGGAGAGGAGCAGGAUGGAGAUGAGGAGGCAGGUCACUGUAUCUUGGGACUCCGGAGGGUCUGAUGAAGCACCACCAAAACCCAGCCGUCGCCCCUCCCUGCAGCCCACCUUCAGUCUGGACUGUCUUUCUGCUCCUUCACCUCUCCACCAUUGCCAUCAAAACCAGCGCUCUGCCUCACAGCUUUCCCUCUGCCUUGGAAACCCUCAUCCUUCGUCUCCCUUCACCUCUUCUCACCUACCCGCUCCUCCGCUCUACUUAUCAUCUCUGCAAUUUCCCCAUCACUUUUCCUCUGCUCCCAACCCUCAGCCUCAAUCACUUCCUUUUCAAAACUCCACUUUUUACAAUCACACUUCCUCUCAGCGCAACAAUAAGUUUAACCCUGAAUCCAAAUCCGGCUUAUCCCUACGGUCUCAUCCUAACUUCUACUUUCCACCUCACAACAGUUCAGAGAGCUGGUCCAAUGGCAGCUGUCCAGACAAGACAAAUCCCCCCACUAACGGUCACCUGCUCUGUUCAUCCCAGCCAAAGUCAAACAUCUCCCAUCCCUGGCUCUCCUCCCCACUCCUCUCCCAAUCGAGUCCUAACUUAAACUCUUUUCCCCGCAGCCUGUCAAAUAUUUGUCCCCACACCAUCCAAAACAUCCAGCCAGAGUCAAAUUCUAAUCCUAAAACCCUAACUCUGCCACGCAGCUUUCACCCCGGCUGCAAAACUAAUCCCAGCACUCCUUUACAAACUGACUGUGACCCCCAGCACCAACACCCUGCUGUGCAGUCAUGUGGGAGGCCCCCGCUCGUCUCUCCUGCCCCCCUCACUCUUCCACGUACAGCGAGACCCUCUGCCUGCUCUCUGUCCUCCGCCCACCACCAUCCACCCAGUCGAAUGCCACGCCUCCCUGUAGCUACCAACACAGCUUUCCCCAUCCCCUGCUCUGAAAGACACACGAAGGCAGGUGGUGUACUGUUAACCUGAGCUAAAGCUGUUUUUAUAACUACUAAAACAAACGUGUGUGUCUUUAUCAAAAAAGUUGCAACAUUCAAGAGUGUAGCCCCUUUGAUGAAUAUCCAAGGGAAGAAAUUCCAGAUUCAAAGAAUUGAUUACAGACUGCUGAUACAUUGGAUGGAUUAAAAAUGGCCUCUUUUGUACCUGUAAUCUAUUUAACAUUACAUUACAUUAUCCAAAGUGACUUACAAUAACUGCAUUCAACCAUAAAGAAUCUUGAAAUUAAAUUUCUUAUCAAUCUAUUUUUUUAAGUGAUUUGUUGUUAAUGAAGUAUUCAUGACUACACAAUUAACGUUUAAAAUUCAGAAUAAAGACAUUCUUAGGUAUUAUUUAUUAAAAGUAUCAUUUGGUGCGUCACUGCAAUCAGUCCCUUGACUUUCCUUACCUUCUAAUUUCCUUCUUUAUCUUUACCACAUUCGUUCCAAAAAUAAGCCCAGUCUGAACUACACAUAUUUUAAGAAAUGUUGCAACGGUUUUUGUUGAAUGAAUCAACAAGCGCAAACUCAUUUGUGAAUCGUUGAAUUGAUGAACUGAGUGCAGUGGUUUUUAAAACAAUGCUGACAACACCAGUGACUUUUAAAAUGAGCAUGUUUUUGCAUGACAUGUUUUAUUUGUGUUGGACAUGCUGCUGAAGGUCCUCUGUCGUGAUUGAAUGUAGUUUCAGAUAUUUAUGUUUGUGUCAGGCAUUGUGUUGAUGUGACCUGGGAUUAGUGUAACCUAUUUCUAGCCUGUUCAGGGUGCCCCACAUCAAUCGUAAAUCCUGUGACCAACAGUCAGACACCUUGCACACACGUAGGACUUAGAUACAGUAAAUCAUGGAUAAGCCAGAAGACAAAUAUGCAUCAUUUGUCUAAACUACCUUUAACCUGCUUUGACAUUUCAAUCAAACUAAAAUGACAUAGAGCAAGGUCAAAAGAAAACGUGAAAUACUUUUCUUUACUCUAGGGGGAACCCAAAGUCCAGAACUAAUGCUGCUAUAAUUCAACAACUUUUCCACUCCACAGAACCGGGUCUCAGCCUUGUUAAGGAGGAAAGCUAUAACCAUUUGAUAUAGUUUAACUCGUACUACAUUCUGUUUUGAAUUAAGUCAAAUUGAAGUUUGUAAUUAUUUGUGAUGGCUAGGAUAAACAGUUGCUAUGAAUACACUCUAAGAGUUACCUCAACGUUCUGUCUCUACCAGCCUGUUGAUUCAGAGCUGGCUCUCUGUCACCUUGACCUCUGGCCAGUAGUACUACACAUGAGUUUGUUUUGAUAGGUGACCCUGUUUUUGGAAGGAGCGUUUAGUCCUCCCACUGAGCUGUAACUUCACCCUACCUCCUACAUGGAAACAAGUAUUACUUUCAAUGCUUAUAAAGUGUUUAAAACACACUUUCAUGUAAACAUAUAGGAAAUACUGCUGAAAUCAAAGAUAUUUCUGGUGCCAUAGGUGAUGAAAACAUAACAAAAAUAGCUGCAUACAAUAAGAUGUGCCUUUAGUUAAUGUUCUGUUUGGCCCUUAGCUGAAUAACAUGUUAAAUCUUUACAACAGCUGGAAUAAAUUCCUGUUGUGAGUCUGUUUUCUGAGGAUGGAUGAAUGUGUGGGAGUCGAUGAAUUGUGCCCCAGAGUGAUACAUGAAGUCAAAAGAAAACCUUAAUUACAUUGUGCUGCUCGACAUACUUACAAUUCUUCCUAGAGUUAUGCCAUGGGUCUACAUGUUAGUAACAGCAGUAUGUGUCUCACAACAACAAGUUCAUUUUGAAAGGAAUCGCAAUUACAGUCUACAAAAGAUACUGCCCUGAAAUAGUUAAAAUGCUCAAGAUAAUGAAAAACAGAUUUUCUUUUGUCAAGCGCCGUGUUUAAAAACAGUUUCUUAAAACCCCAAAUAUAAGACACAAUGGAUACUUUAAUGUCAGUUUCCUUUGUCCCAGUGCACAAAAAAACCACAUGGUGUGCAAACAGAAAAAGAUUAAAGAAAAUAGAUUGUAAAAAGAUAAGUACCAGUACUGUAAAUAUAAAUACAGGUUGUGUAAGUGAUGCCUAGUUUUAUCUGGUAACAUUGACCUUUCCCUACACAAAAUGUGUAUUUUAAAGUAGUCUGUGUCCCACAUACCUGUGGAUUAAGAUGUGUUGUGGCAAGCCAUGGAUAUACAUUUUGAUCAGAUGCUGAAAAUACACCCUAAACUGACGUAGUGGUAAAAACAGGGACCCCAAACUCAGCUAUCAAAAAAGCAGGUACCGUUUUUCAACAUUGCAUUAUUUAUUUAUUUAGCCAUUCAUUCUUACAUUCAAAUAUUCAUCCAAAGUGGAACAGAUAGUUACCCAUAGCUGUCUUACCCUAGUGCAACUACUUCCUCAUUAACCUUCCUAUCUGUCUGUCGUCCCUGUGUUUAUUUUGCCCUUUUUAAACUGGGUAUUCCCCGGUAAACCUCCCUCUACUUGGAUAGACUACCACAGGCCUGUGAAUCAGUUUCGGGACGAUUUAAGAUAUCAUUUUGUUCUUGUGAAGGAGCCCUGUGUCCUUCCAUGUGUGAGCAUGUUCACAACAUGCUGUACGUUUCCCUCUGUCUGCCGCUCUGUUUGUCUGGUCUUUAGUUUCUCUGUCUUGUCUGCUUCUCUAUGUCCUCCCUCCCUUCCUACUGUUUUUCCUUUUCUCUCCCCUUCUCUCCCUCCCUCCCCGUCUUUCUCUGCUGUCUGUCUCCCUCCCUGUGUGUCUUUGUGUCUUGUCUUGCUGUCGGAGGUGUGGUCCAGAGAAAGCUACUAUGAGAGCCUGUGGAAGGUAGAGGUUACAUCACUGCUGUGCUAAUGAGCUCUGUGUUAGAGAGGUGUAAUCAUAAAGAGAGGGGAAACUGCUCAUCAACUUUCAACAGCUUCAUCACAACAAAUCACCAGAAACCAAGAGAAGCAACAAGGGUGUGGGUUCACCAAGCACUUCUGUUUUUAGCUACUAGCCCAAUGCAAAGGAAUACAAAUCAAAUAGAGACAAGAAGCCGACUCACGCUCCUCUUUAACCAUCAGUAGUUGGCACAAGAUAGUAAAACAAUUUCUUAUGUUUUACAUUACUUUUUAACCCUUUCAACACAAAUACUUCCAAAUAAGAAGAACAACUGUGCUUUAAAGAGAAGUCUUUGGUGAACUUGCAACCAUAACACCUUGUACACUCUGCAUCACAUCUAACCACAGACCCCAGGGAUGAGUAGAACAGGAAUAUCACAUACUUUAUAACAAUAAUCCUUGGAUUUCAUUGUUUGUAACAUAGGGAAACUAUGUAGUGCCAUUUCGACUAACAGCUUGCUGGACUUGCAGCCCAGUGGGUGUUCCCUUUGUUUUGAUUGACAGCUAACCCAGCCACACAAACCGCACCGAGGGGUUUGUGUGUGGAUUGACUGAAUGACCCCGGUGUCCCGUCCUCUAACGAUUAUCUUGGGAAAACGAUGGACAAGUGUUCUAACUGUAUUAUUGUUUUUUCCCCCCGUCUUUUUUAUUCCUCUCUCUCUCUCCUCUCUCUCUCUCUCUCUCUCUCUCU